UGCCCUUCUCUCGGUGCGGAGGGGGUUAAGGGGCGCAGCCACCCUCUGGAAGCCUCCGGCCGUAUAAAUCCCCUCCUCCAGAAACACCGUGGCCUCGGCUCGGCCGUCAGUGUCACCGCCGCGGCCGGAGCAGCUCGCCUGGUCCCCUCCCUGCCUGCGGCCAUGUGAGGAUGCACGGAGCCGUGCGGGACAGCAGAGCAAGUCAGCGGGGCGGAUCGAUGCUCUUCCCUGUGAUCCAGCAGAAAUAUUCGGAUACGAUGCAGCCGCGGCCGCCCUGCGGAGCCCGGCAGUCUCAUGUUUGAUCCGCGGCUUCUUCUCGCUCAGCGCCCAACAUUCAGGAUGAGAAAACCCAAAGUGAACCGGAUGGUUCUCGCCUUGAGUCUGGGAUGUUUCGUCAUGGUCAUUUUCUACUUUCACAACAACCUGAAGCCAGCCUCUGAGCCGCUCGGGGAGAGGAGCAGCGGGCAGAAAUCUAGGAGGAGUCCCCUGCAGACGCUUUACGACGGUGACCAGGUUGAAUCAGCAAUUCAGGCGAUUCACCAGGGCCGACGGGAGCUGCUAGAGGAGGCCUGCCGCUCGUACACCCGCAAACGCCGAGUCCUCAUCCCCGAGGAUCUGAAGCAUGUCAUUGUGGAUGACCAGCACGGCUUGCUGUACUGCUACGUGCCCAAAGUGGCCUGCACCAACUGGAAGCGCGUGCUCAUGGUCCUGACUGGUGUUGCCGGGCCGCACCGAGACCCGCUGGCCAUUCCCGCCAACGAGGCCCACGUCCCGGGGAACCUGCGCACCCUGUCCGAAUACUCCACCUCCCAGAUCAACCAGCGUCUGCGCUCCUACCUGAAAUUUGUCUUCGUACGCGAACCCUUUGAGCGGCUGGUGUCAGCGUACCGCAACAAGUUCACACGGAGCUACAACACAGCUUUUCAUAAACGAUACGGCACAAAGAUAGUCCGCCGCCACAGGCCAGACCCGCAGCCGGAAGCUCUUGAGCGAGGCGAUGAUGUCUCCUUUGAGGAGUUUGUGUACUACCUUGUGGACCCGGCCACCCAGCGAGAGGAGCCCUUCAAUGAGCACUGGGAGCGGGUGCACUCGCUGUGCCACCCCUGCCUCAUCCACUACGAUGUGGUGGGCAAGUACGAGACGCUGGAGCAGGACUCCCGCUACAUGCUGCAGCUGGCUGGCGUGGAGGGCGAGGUCGCCUUCCCGGCCUCGUCUAAGAGCACCAGGACUACAGGAGACAUGGCCGCCCAGUUCUUCCACAACAUCAGUCCGUUCUACCAGAAGAAGCUGUACAACCUCUACCGGAUGGACUUCCUGCUCUUCAACUACUCCACACCAGCCUACCUCAAGUUUAGAUGAGGCUGGGACAGACUCAGCUUGAACUGCCUGAGCCUGAACUCUUGAAGCAGGGCAGUUCAGGUACAGUUUUUCAGAGAAGCUUAUGGUUACUUUGUAUGGAUGUCAUUACAGAGAAGGCAGAUACUGUGCUGUAAGCACAUCAAAAAGUUGAUCCUGAAUUGAUCUCCAAAGUGUAUUGAUUAUUGUUACUAUUGAGAGAGCUAAUCUGGGGAAAAUAGAUUCAAAGUGCUUUUCAAAAAGCAGCAUCAAGCUGGAAAACUUCUCUGGAGAGAGGAUGCGCGCAGAAGAGGACAUUUCAUCACAAGAUGAAAGUUGUUGCCUAAAGUAGGCAAAUUACUUUUUACUGUAAAAUGUGAGUCAGUGGAUAUUGGUCACUGUUUUGGUAUGUCUGCAAUGCCAUUCACCAUCAACAUACAGUAAGAACAAACUUGGUUGCUAUAUUUUGAUAGACGGCUGUUCUUCAAAGGUAUAAUUUUGCACAACAAAUGUAAUCUCUCCAUCAGGACAGUAGGAUCAUGAAAGUAGUAUUAAUAUCACAUUUAGACAAUGAAUGUCUCCAAAUUUGUGUGCCUUUUACCUUUGGACUUGUUUUGACCCCCAAAAAACAUUUGACAUCCUUUGUAACUGUGACAGUUUAUUUUUUGUACUGUAGGAAGAGACUUUUGUGCAACAUGGCAUUGAUUUAAUUUAUUGUAAUAUUUCUGACUCUAUUUAAAGUCAGGCAAACCAAAACAGACAUAUGGUUUCUCUCACGACUUUCAAAUAAACACAGU